AUGUCCGAUGGAGUGAUACCCGCUAUGAUUACAGCUGCCUCGUGCGACACCAAUAGAGAUCUUGCUUUCUUGACGUACAAGCUCUUUUCCAUCGUUGUCUUUGGCUGCAUUUCUUCGGAGGGUUGGCGCACCGACGAGAAUGGCAAGGAGGUGUGUCUGUACAAUGGUGAUGCCAUGGCAUGCAAAUAUGGCAAUACAAUCGGUGUAUUCGGUUUUCUGGCGUCGAUGGCCUUCAUCGUUGGUGAGUACCUGUUCGAACGUAUGUCAUCGGUGAAGAGCCGGAAACGUUAUGUGAUGGCGGAUAUGGGAUUCUCAGCAUUCUGGGCCUUCAUGUACUUCAUUUCGUUUGUGUACUUGUGGUCGCAGUGGUCCUCUGCGCCUAUGCCACCAGGUGGUGUUGGCUCUAGUAAUAUGGAAGCGGCAAUCUUUUUCUCAUUUUUCUCGAUUUUUGUGUGGGCACUCUGCGCUUUUCUCGCCUACAAACGUUUUCUGAUCGGCGCCGGUGAUGAAUUCACAUCCGCCUUUGAAACAGAUCCAGCGAACGUAGUGCAUCAGCAAGCAUACACAAGCUACUCCAUGGACAACGACAAUGAUCAAUACAGCACGUCACCGUUUAGUGGCCAACAACAACAAGGCAUGGAGCAGCAAGGCAUGGAAUACCAACAGCCCACCUAUUAAAGUCAGCGAGCAAAUACUACGUGUACAACAUUAGCAUUAUAAUAGGCUAAGAUAUAAUAACGUGUGAGCGCCAUUAAAGCUCAUUCAUUUUGGGCAUUUGUGAGUUAAGUAUGCUUUGCGCUGUACAGAUUUAGCGAAAACAAAAACAAGUUUAUUUUUUAAAAGAAUAAAUGAACCGUAAACACCGAUAGUAAACAUAUACAAACAUGAAUACAUACAUACAUAUUGAAAUAGUAACGUAACAUAAAGAUAAAUAAAAUUUAUAAAAAAUAUUUGCUAAACGAAAGACAAAAGACAGUUACUCACAAAAGCCACGAAUAAGCUGUAAAAGCUGUAAAGCUCUGCUCAUACCCCAAAYAACGCACAUUCAGAGAUGAAAUUAGGCCGCAAGCUUCAUUGGUAUCUCAGUAAAUUGCAAUAGUUUGAUGUAUGAGACGUGCUAUUUUGAGGUUAGCGGAGCUUAGUUAAGGAUUUUUGACGCUACUCGUUUUUAAAAGGAAACCUGUCCGAGCUGAGCUCUCAAAAUACUGUGUAACUCUGAGAUACUUAUAGAAUGAUGGACCAUGCACUUAAAAGCGUUUGUGUAUUAUAAAAUGGCACUACAGUAACUACUUGAUUGUUUGAACUAUACG